AUGGUUCUCGAGGAGCUUGAGAUGGUAAAUGAAAGACAUGACUUGUCGGCCUGGGCAAGCGUUUCCAAGGAGUGGCAAAGCUUUUUUGAACCUCAGAACUUCCACCACCUCCAAAUUUCAUAUCCCGGUUCCGAUGUGGAUUAUUUGGACCAUAUUAUCAACAGUCACCGAAGAAACUACAUCAGAAAGGUCUCAUUGCAUGUUGUCCUUGAAGAAUACGACAGUACCCACGGGUUCGACCAACCAGAGAUCACAGACACAAUCAGGGCAAACAAUAAACUCUUCUCCCAGGCCCUGAAGCAGCUGUUCAAUUCUCUUUCAGCAUGGAUUGAUCGCUCAUCCACAGGAGGCAUUGAACUCGAGUUGAGCGCCAGCUCCCCAAGCGAUGAACAUCACCCUAGAAGCCACCGAGUACUCGCAGCUGGACAUGAUCUAAGUCGUGUUAUUUCCUUGAACUCGAAAAGGCGUCUUCUUGGCAACCUCCUGGACCUCAGCUCUGGUAAGCUCAAACUUGACCAGGUCUCCAUUGUCAGUCAUCUUUCAGUAACUCGCCAUUGUUACAGAAGCAUGUCGAGGACGGCAUUGGCGAAAAUUCUUUCCAGUCUGUGUCGUCUCCAAACCAUCUCUUAUGAGCCGUGGCGCGCGGUUGGCCCAUGGGAUCGAGGCCACCUCAAACGCGAGGAGGCAAUGAUUAUGUUAUUCGAAUGUGUGAGCAAGUCUGCUACUGUCAAAGAAGUCAGCCUUUGGGAGGCGCAAUCUUGUAUGCACAAGAACCCGUCCUUUCCUAGGUUUGCCAAUGCUGCUCUGGUAUCGUCGGCGGUCAAUGCAAGUUACAAUCUCCAAGGCUUUACCCAAUUCGACGCGGUCAAUGCGAAUGACUUCUUCCGGCAUGCAUCGAUGGACGAACCAGGCAACCCUACUGGGCUACCGAAUAGUCUCCGCAUCUGGCCAGCUCUCCAAUACCUAGGCCUAACGAUGCAAAUUGGAGACCAGGUCUCUCUCCCGUCAUCUUUGGAAUGUCUGCUUCUUGAGGCAAGUCGAGCUGCUUUGCGUAUGCCUCUUCUAGAAGCGAUGGAAAUAGUGGCCCCGGGCGACGGUGAGGGGUUCGCCUUCAGUUUCAAAGUUGGAAGAGAUUCGGCACUGCUUACUGUGGUGUCAACCUGGCAGCUAGCAUUGAGCAGAAAGGUUGUGAGGUCAUGGAGAUCAGUGGCAUCUCGCUGUGCGCAACGUGAAUUCGCCUUCGAGAACAGGGUGGUCAACAUGAAAUCGCCAAACAGAGCUAAAGGCGCAUUGAGAUUAAUGAGGUUACUCAGGGAGCGGAGAUGA